UAUUGCGAAUUGCGAGAAGCGAGAUUACAGCAUAAUAACCAGUAUGUAAUGAUUACACCACUAAUUAUAGUGUUCUAAAAUAUAUCGUGCUUUAUUUCGCGAAUUGUAAGAUAGCAGGUUAUAACCAAUCAGGUUCACCACUAUCACUAUCUCACUCCUCGUAGUUUGUCAUACUUCACUGUACCCUUUAGACGCUUUAGGCGUCCCAGAUUUCAUCUAAUUUCUAUCUUCAUGAUUGUCUUUUGAGGUUAUUUUUGUUUACCUUUUGUUGUUUAAAAGUUAUUAAAUUGUCAUGUUUCACUCUCAGUGUAAUUACUAAUUAAUAUUUCAAAAAUUAAAGAAUAUAAUUGUGAACAAUUUCAAGUUUUGCUUGAAAUAUAUAUAUCAUGCAACAUUGAUAAGGUUUGGAGAAGCAAUAUGAUCACGCGUGGUGUUGGAUAUCUGUCCAAAUAUUUGUAUCGUAAUAUUCAGCGUUAUUUAAAUAAUGACCAUGCAAUAUCAUCAACGAUAGAAACACAAAACGACAGUAAAAAUGAGAAACACAUCGUUUGGUUAGAUAUGGAAAUGACAGGACUAGAGGUGGAGACAUGUCACAUUUUGGAAAUUGCAUGUUUAAUAACUGAUGAACAGCUAACACCCAAGAGCGAUUGUUUAAAUAUCGUUGUACAUCAGUCAGAUGAAAUUUUGAAGAAUAUGUCCACCUGGUGUCAAAUACAACACAAAAAGACUGGAUUAAUUGAUGAGUGUCGAUCCAGUAGCAUUACAUUAGAGGAAGCACAACAAAAGGUGUUGCAAUAUUUGGAAAACUACGUUUUAAAAGGCACAUGUCCAUUAGCUGGAAACUCUGUUUAUAUGGAUCGUAUGUUCCUAAGGAAAUAUAUGCCUUUGAUUGAUAAUUAUCUGCAUUAUAGAAUAAUUGAUGUUAGCACAAUCAAAGAAUUGGCUAGGAGAUGGCAUCCAAGUGUAAAAAAAGCAGCUCCAAAGAAGAAAUAUUCUCACAGGGCUGCCAUUGAUAUAAAGGACAGUCUAAACGAGCUUUAUUAUUUCAAAAAACAUUUAUUUGCAACAAGUAAAGAAUAAAAUAAAAUAAACAUG